CUCAGCCCACGAGUCUCUCACUAUUUCUAAAAUCUGUUAAAUAAAACUUGUUUUAAGUGUCUCGAAAGCUGCAUGUUUAAGAAAUUUAGUAAAAGCGAAAAUGUAAAGGGGGCUACUUUAUUGAAGAGCUCCGUUCAGCGAAGUAUACGCUCCAAAGUUUUGGAAUUAUAUCCUGUUAUAGAACAGCAUAUUGAUUGUAUCUUUCCGAAAAAGUGUUCGUUGUCCCUGAUAAAAUGUGACGAUAAGAUAAGCAUCGUUAGUGUUGAUGAGAAUCUCUUCUUCUUUUGCCAACAUGAUGGCGCUUUUAUACCUACACUUCGACUUAUUCACAAAUAUCCCAACUUACUCAAGAGACAACAGGUAGAUCGAGGUGCAAUUCGUUUUAUUUUGUCUGGCGCAAAUAUUAUGUGUCCAGGACUGACGUCUUCUGGAGCUUGCUUAAGUGAUGCUCAAGUGGGAGAUAUUGUGUCAAUUUAUGCCGAAGGAAAGGAGCACGCUUUGGCCGUUGGCAUAAUGCUCAUGCCCACCCUAGAAAUAAAGGCGAAAAACAAAGGAGUGGCAGUGGAAACACUACAUUAUUUAAAUGAUGGAUUAUGGAGAUUUAACUUAUAGCGUCAAGCAAUCCUAAC